AUGGAGCUCGAGCUCCAGCUCAUGCAAAUCCGCCAAGACGAGCAAAGGUGGGCCGCCAUGUCGACGUUGCAACGGUCGCGCAUCCAUCAAGUGGAAACAGCGCUGGCGCAACUCCACCGCGUCUUUCACAAGCUGCUAUCAUGCCUGAUACAAACGCAAGCGAUUCGACGGCUUGGCCGCCAGAGCAGCAGAACCGUGUGCCGUGGCAACGCCCAGUCCGCCAUCGUCUCCCGUGGGCUACGUUCUGCUUUGGAUCAUCUGCACGUCGUUUGGGACCAUCCAUUGGCAGCACUGGUCGAGUAG